AUGGAACGCAAUUAUGAUCUCCAGGGUAGAAACGAACAUGGAUUUGAUCCUGAUAUGGAAUAUAAUUUGGCUGAUACUUCACAUACAGUCCUGAAUGGCUCAGCCAGUCACGAAAAUUUACUCCAAACAACACUUCAAGACCAUGAAGAUCUUGAAGAGAAAGUUGUGGCAAAAACUCUCGAAGAAUUAGACGCUGAUAUUCUUCAUGCAAUGGAGAAGUUGAGUAUUACAGAUGAUGAAAUUAAGUCUUCCACAUCAGAAAGCCAGAGCAACCAAAAUUCUGAGUCUAUUAAGAAAAAGGACAAGAAUUCUAAAUAGUCCAGAUCAAGGUAGCACGAAUACUGGUAAUCUAGAGAUGGAGGAUUACAUCCAAAUAGUAUGUGAGGAACUCCUAAAAGAGCUCCAGAACACCCAAGACCUUGAUUCCUGCCUAAUCUCGAUCAACAAGGCAAUGGAAUACGUGAAAGAUGAAUCUGAAAGAAGAAUUAAGCAAAAAUUCAAAAAGCCAGUCUGAAAGCUUUCAUCUGAUAAUCUGAUACUUAAAUAAAGCAGUCCGGAUUCUCUUCAGCAAACUUGAACUGUACAAACAGAAUCAAAGGAUGGUAAAAGAGUAUGAAGACAUGAAAGCUCUUCUCCUCCAAAAAGAUCAGGAGAUUCAAAGGCUAAAGGAGAAAGAAAUGGAGCUCAACUACCGACUGAAUUCUCAAACAUGCCACCUUAGCUACAACAUGAAGGAAAAAUAGCUGGAGUAUUUAAACCUCUUCUGAACCUU